UUCUUGAUACAGUUCAUUUAUACCUAGAAGCAUCUCGUCAUAAGAUACGCUCCGGCACAUGAAGACAAGAAAAACGCGGAUCUUAUGCGGACCAAGGGGCUAUCAAAGAGACUUGCAGCUGCAGCAGCUCUUUGGUGUCUUGUUGCGGCGCCCCCCGGAUGCGCCCUUCCGAAAGAUGCUAUUGCUUUAGUUCCGCGCAGUGAGAUAUCUAUCCCACGUAUCCUUUGCCAACGAAGCAAUCUAUCGGUUUCUGGCGGGUGGUGGCGUACUCCCAUAAGUCGUGGAUGCGAAUUGCGAGCAUUCCCUGCAUUUGCACGCUUUAUAAAGCUUCCAGGUGUAGUCGUGCGCGUGAGGGCCGCCGCUGGACCCAAGGUUGGUCCCCAUUGUUUGAUACAAUGAUUCCGGCGCCU